AGCUACUGUCAACUUAAUGCCAAUCAAAACAAAGCUUGAGGACGGUAUUUGACAUCGGGUUCGAUUUGUUGUGCAAUUCGAAGAUCGCAGCUUCACGAGUGGCCAGAUUUUUUCUACUUUUCCGUUUCGUGAACGCCCCGCCGAAAUUGGGAGUUUGUCACUCAAUUUAUUAGUUGCAACGAUUCCCUAUUUCCAAUGUUUGGCAAGCCGUGCGGAUGGAAGUUUGGGUAAUUUCGAACAAAUCCAAAUUUUCCAUUGUACAAAAGUGCGAAGUGAAACAUUAGAAAACUCAGAGUCAGGGUAUUGUAGUGCGUGCGGAAAUUGUGUAAAGUUCGUUAUUUGUGUUUAAUAGAGAAUAUGCUGAUUUCGCCGCAUUCCGAAAAGUUAGCGGAUCGCUGCAAGCUUGCCGUGAGUUUUUGUGUUUUAUCGAUAAUUCUUGGUUGCUUGACGGGCAGAUGCAAUGGAGAAGCAGCUGACAUUGCGCUGGACGCAAAGGCUAAUCUGACUCAUAGGAUCGACAGCCUAAACUUGCUCGUCUACACCUUCCUUCUGACGCUCACAGUACUCACGAUCUGGUUAUUUAAGCACAGAAGGGUGGCAUGGCUCCACGAGACCGGCCUGGCGGUAAUUUACGGUCUUAUAGUAGGAGCAAUUAUUCGCUAUGCUGGGACGACAACCCCUCUUAUUCACCUAUCCGUGGAACCUGAAGGAGAAUCCAAAUUCAAUCAAAGCCUUCCACCUGAUACUUUGUGGUUAAAGUUUCCAGUGCACCACGGUGUUGAAAAUAAAGACCCGCUUACCAAUAAGACGUACGCUUACGUUUUUCGAGGUCAAGUUGUUGAUCUGGAGGAGAACGAGAUAGAUUUGAAAGCGACAUUUGAUCCUGAAAUUUUCUUCAACAUAAUUCUACCACCGAUUAUUUUCCAUGCCGGAUAUAGCUUGAAAAGGAAAUACUUUUUCAGAAAUCUUGGUGCUAUUCUUUCGUUUGCCAUUAUUGGUACGACAAUAUCAUCGUUUCUAAUCGGAGCCCUAAUGUAUGGCUGCGUGAAACUUAUGCCUGAAUAUUUACGUAAUAGUUUUACAUUUUUGGAUACACUCUACUUCGGAGCGUUAAUAUCGCCGACAGACCCUUUGACAAUACUAGCAAUAUUUCAUGAUAUACAUGUGGACGUUAAUCUGUAUGCAUUAGUGUUCGGCGAAUCAGUGUUGAAUGAUGCAGUCGCUUUGGUGCUUAGCGCAGCAAUACAAAACUAUGGAAAACAUUAUUCUGUUUCGGGUGGAUUUGAAACUAAUGCAUUUUUAAUGUCUUUGGGAGAUUUUUUCGGAAUAUUUAUGCUAUCAUUGCUCAUUGGUGCUACAAUGGGAUGCUUAACAGCAUUGCUGACGAAAUUUACCCGCGUUCGUGACUUCCCUCUUCUGGAAUCGGCGCUUUUUGUACUUAUGUCUUAUAGUACAUUUUUAAUAGCGGAAGCUAGUGAAUUAACGGGUGUAGUCGCGGUUCUAUUCUGUGGAAUAUGCCAAGCACAUUACACCUACAAUAAUUUGUCUGAAGAUUCACGGACUAGAACGAAACAAAUAUUUGAAUUAUUAAAUUUUUUGGCAGAGAACUUCAUUUUUUCAUAUAUCGGAGUGUCAAUGUUUACAUUUCCAAAACAUCAUUUCGACCCACUUUUUAUCACAACUGGGUUUAUCUGUGCAGCAAUUGGACGAGCAGCGAACAUCUACCCGUUAUCAUUUCUGUUGAAUUUAGGCCGAAAUCCCAAAAUAUCGUAUAAUUUUCAACACAUGCUAUUUUUUGCAGGUUUACGUGGCGCUAUGUCAUUUGCUUUGGCUAUUCGGAAUACAGUAUCGGACGCUAGGCAGACUAUGCUGACUGCAACAUCCUUGAUAGUUAUCAUAACUGUAAUUGUGCAGGGAGGCGCUGCAAACUUCCUACUUAAUUGGCUGAAAAUCCCAGUUGGAGUCGAUGAUGAGACUGAACAGCUGACAAAUUACCAAGGAGUGAGAAGUGUGUACAAUUCAAUGGAAAACACCACUGGGUCUAUCGACACUGGACUUAAUUUGGGUCAACUCCCCAUUUCACGACGGCGGAGUUCUUUGGAUGCCGAAAAUGCAGAUGGCGAUGGUGUAACAACGCCAGGAGGUGGUAAGAGAAAUCAUGAGAAAGCUUUUCUAGCUCGUAUUUGGGGCAACUUCGAUACAAAGUAUAUGAAGCCGUUAUUAACUCAUUCUCGUCCCACGCUGUUAGAAACCUUGCCAGUUUGCUGUAAUCCUAUUGCGAGGUUGCUUACUACUACUGAACAACUUACACAGGAUAGUGGGAUGAGACGGUCGGAUUCUGAUUCCGAUUUGUGUCUUGACGAUGAUGAUUACCGGAAUUCUGGAAGUGGUGGCGACGGGCAACGAAUACGUAGAAACUCAAUUAAUCGAGCGAACACUGUUGCACAAGAAGUUAAUCAAAUUAUUACCAAUCUUGGCGUUGUAGCAAAUGAUUUUAUGUAAAAUGUGUGGUAGUCAGUAUGUUAGGAAUGUACGGAAUAGUACAAGUUAAUUAAGAUUUGUUGUAAAAUUUGAUUUUUCGUUCAUAUUGGUUGCUUGUAAUGAAAUGUCGAAAUUCAUUUAUUAUUAGUCUUUAGCACAUCUUGUUUUUUUUAUUGUUGAACAUGUAGUUUAAAGUGAAAAUUUCCCGAAGAAAACGCAAAUCCCUGACGUAGAAUGAUAUUAAUUUCCAAUGAUAGCACUGCUAACCUAAUUAAGGCUCAAAUAAAAAUCCCAGGAAGUACUGUUUCGCAUAAAACAGCACUUCUGAAUGCUUUUUAUUCGAGGAAAUUACAACCUGAAAAAAAAUUCACCAAAUCACAAACUUAGGCUGUUAAGAAACAAUACACCGUCAAGUUUUUAAUAAGUUCGUGCUAACAAUUUCUGUAAAUUUUUAUCGGCAAAUCAUUCAUUGUAAAGGUUUUUGGGUUUAUAGUCUUCCCCGUUAAUUUUAUUAAUGUAUUUUUGUUGGCUGUGUUUUCUAUUAUUAUUCUUAUGGUUUCUUCCUUCGUUUAUUUGCAGACAUUAUAGAACAGAUGUACCCUUAUAUGCUUUUUUGGUAGAGAAGCAGAAAUUCGUUAGAGGCUCUUAUGUGUUUUUUCAAUGUACGCAUAUGUUGCGAUGGUGAUUGUCCAAUUUUGCCCAUAUUCUACAUUUAUUCCGUUGAAAAUUAUUCAUUUAUAUCUUUUUGCUAAACGUUUUUGCUAAAAUCAUAUUCACCUUAAUUGUUGAUCAUCUGGAAGUUGUCGUAAAGAAGUUGACAUUAAGAGUAACAUUGUCAGAAGAGAAAGGGAGAGAGAACAAGCAGUUUUUACUACUGAUGACGAACGAUAACAUUGAAGGGGUCAUUGGGCCAAGUAGCAUUAAUCUGAAAAUACUAGUAAAUAAUUUCUAUUUUAGCAAACAUUUAUUAAAUCUUAAAUGAGUUUUUUGUUUUGA